GUAUAAAAUGCUGCAGGACCCCAUGUGAUGCUGCUGCUGCAUCCAUCCAGGAUCUAUGAUCCCACAUGCAUCAUUCACUUUGGUGCAGUUUGCGCUUCACACACUUUCUCCACGCCCAUCUGAUCACUGUCGUCACCUCAUGCUGAAAUCAACAGUUAAUGUACACUUUACUCACAGCAUUGAGGAAAACUCGUUUUAAGGAGGAGCAGUGUACACGCAUGCUAAAAACAAAUUCAAUUUUGUUUUUUUCCACAGUUACAUCCCCCCCCCGCAGACCCUUUCUCUCGACACUUUAUUCUUUUUUCUGUUUUUCAGUUUUUGUCCAGUUUUUUCAACCAAUGUGUGCUGGAAGUUCAACGAGGAAAUAACGUAUGACGUCUUAGUUUCCUUUUUGCUGUGGCUCCAUGCCGGGGGAGGAGGACGCGAGGAGGGAAUCCCCGAGAGUUGCAUAUAAAAACUAUCAGACAAGAAGGUGGCGGCACAACACACAGUCCUGCUGAUCCACCAGGCUCCGCCACAACAUCUGCAUCUGACCAGAGAGAUGGCCAGCGUCCAUUUCUACCUCGCCUGCUGCGCGCUGCUGCUGACCUCGGGCUGGCGCGCGUCCUCGGCGCAUCCCGUGCGCGCGGAGGAGUGCGCGCGCUGCCCGCGGCUCUUCAGGAGCCUCCUGCUGAAUAUCAAAGAGCUUCUCAACAGUGACGUGUUAUGCUUCGGCAUCACGUCCACUGAGGUGGUGGUGAGGAGUGAGGCUGAGACUUUACUGGCCUGCGCACCCACCCUGACUCAGAACUCCGGCUGUGUGACGUCAAGAAAUUCAUCCUUCAGUGAGAGUGAAUGUUUGAGGAACAUCAUGAAGGACUUGGUUUACUAUGACGCUGCUAUUAAAUCCUACCAUGAGUUCCCAGUCAGAAGUCCCAAAGAAGUUGCACUUCUGAACACAACUCUGGGAAUAAUAGAGAGCUUGAAGAACUGCUCCCUGGUGCCAGAUACGGAGAAGGACUCUACUGAGGACGUGGCCAAGAUGUGGGGAAACGACACCUACACUAACAGACAGGAGAUGUGUAAGAUGAUGAGAGGCUUCUACGUCCGAACCAUCACCAUCAACCGAGCUAUGGGCUACAUCUCCUCAGGAGACCACAGGAAGUAAACAUCCUGCAACCUCCUCCUCCUCAUCAUCAUCAUCAUCAUCAUCACCAUCACCAUCAUUCCAAUCAACACCACUGAAUUUCUACUCGUUUAAAUUAUCACCACUGAACAAGCCUUCUUGAUCAUUCACUACCAUCACAACUACCGACCACGUCGUUCUUUACACUGCACAUGCUGUACGACUGUCUGCAUGGUAACUGCUCAGGCAUAAGCUAGCCGGCUCCAUUCCAGCCUCUCAGCUGAAUGACAGUCAAAAAUCUCGCUCAGGUUAGCAGUGGAGGCCACGUCGGACUACUUACAUGUAUGAAUGUAUUCCAAUAUUUGGGGGAAUGUAUCUAUUUAUUUAAGAUCUAUUUAUUACAUUUAUUUAUUUAUUUGAUGGCAUGUGAUGUUAUUUAUUGAUAUUUAUAAUAAAGUAUUUUUGGUAUCAAGCGCUGGAGUGUGAGUGA